AUGCAGCUGCUUACUUUAAAAAAGGGAAAUCUUGAAGCAAUAGAGUGCUAUAGAAAAGCAAUCAAGAUUUGUCCGGAUUGAGCUGACAUUUACAAUAACUUAGGAAAUGCUCUUGAUGAACUAGGCAAAUAUCCUAUGGCAAUAGAAUCUUUCAACAAAGCAAUCGAGCUCGAACCUGAAAAUCCUUCUUUUUACAAUAAUAGAGGUCUUGCUCUUAAGGGUCAAGGAAAAUAUUUAAAAGCAAUAAAAUGGUUCGACAAAGCAAUCCAAGUCAAGCCAGAUUAUUUUUAG